AAUCGCAUUUGACAGAAGAAAUUCACAAAGCAAGCAAAGCAAACAAGUUCUGUGUUAUUUCUCUAUUUGUGUUUCUUUUGAAUAAGUAAUAAAUGGUCACGUUUUAAUACAGCAUUGGAGAAAUUAACAUAUUUGAGAAAUAUUACAUUUGUCAAUCAUGGCUGAUUCGGGUGUGGAUACCAGCAAUGAAAGUAGCGACAACCCAAUUUUCGACCAUUCGCAGUGUGUGCUCGAAUUUAAUCCUCGAGCAAUACCCAUUAAUCUCGCGGGUCAGCCCAUGCCCGUGGAGUUCUUAAGUGAACCCAAUCCACACGAUCACAUCGGUAAAAUCAAGUGUUCUACGAAAGGAAGACACUGCAGGCUAAAGUAUCGUUACGGUGGGACAAUCUGCUCGUCUAGAAAUCAGAAACUCCGUUUCGCCGCCUCCACAAACAACACAGAGCUCGUAGAGAAGUUGUUGCUGUUAGGGGCUGACCCUAAUUCGUCAGAUGAGUUCAAAAGGAGCCCACUGCACCUGUCGUCGUGCCGCGGCUACGUGGACGUGGUAAGAACUUUGUUAAAACACGGCGCUAACCCGAAUAUCAAGGAUACACUGGGCAACACGCCUCUCCAUCUCGCAGUUUGUAUGAAUCAUGUGAAAGUAGUGAUAGAAUUGCUGGAUGCAGGCACUGAUGUGAGCUCACAUGAUAAUAAUGGGCGCAACCCUAUCCAGCUUGCCCAGAGCAAGCUUAAGCUGAUCCAGAUGCGUCCCAGUGUCGCAGGACACUUUGAGGAAACCAGGCAAUUGAUUGCUGACAUCUGCUUGGUGGUAGAAAUGAUGUUAAAGUUCAUGAGGAUGCAGAAAGCUGAUCCUGGCGAGCUGGAGUCUGUGCGGGAGAGACUUGAGCGCGUCAGCACUCGGGAACAAGUCGACUGCGAAGUCCAGAAUCUACUUGACAGUCUAGACUCACUAAAGCUCAGAUAAAAUUACUCUACAGAAUAAGAAUGAAGACUGCUUACAAAUUAAUGGUAACAACUGCCUAACAUGAGCUCACAAUUUUACAGUAGAAUGUGACUAAUGAACAGAGUUUGGACAAUUUAUCGCAAAAAUAAAUAUAGUAUGGAAUAUGAUACAAUUUUUUUAACAAUUCUGAACUGCAGUUUUUGAGUAUAAUCUGGAAAUUUCAUAAUUAAUAAAUCUUGUCCUAUUUUGAGAUAUAAAUGAUUUUUGAUGGUUUUGCGAUUGCGAUGAUUUGUCCGAUCACUGCUAAUGAAUCUAAUAAUUGAUGUUUGAUAAUUUAUUGACAAGUGUAUGAGGUCCAAUUGCAACAAACUUACAUAAACUGUAUUGAAUUUUUUUGAUCUCACACUUAUUUUAUCUCAUCUCACCAUUGCUAAAAGUCUGAAUGCUUGGAAAUGCAUUUGCAUAAAGGGGCCCACUGAUUAACAGUCCGCCGGACGGUAUCAGCCUGUCAGUUAAAACAAAAUUUUGAAUGAAAAUCAGUGGGCCCCUUAAGUUGGUUAAUUUUGUUUUGAUAUCAUGGGUCACACACAGAGAUAUCUUAACACUUUCAGUGCCAAGAGCCCCAAUUCCAAUACAAAAUGAACCUAUCAGGUUCUUGGCACUGAAAGUGUUAAAGACACAUUCAAAGAUAUUUUAAGAUCCAGCAUGCUUGCUAAAAUACUUGGUGUUAAGAUAUUUUAAUAAUGUAAUAAGAUAGUGAUAUUUACACUUUACCAUCUAUUACAUGGUGAAAUUUCACAUCAGUUGUAACAUUGUUGCUGUCAUUGAGGUUUGUAUCCAGCAUUUUAUUGCCAACUACAUUUUACAUUUAGCUAUAUAUUAUCUGAGGCAACAUUCACUAAGAGUUUUAGUUCCAUCAGCUUUGGGAGCAUCCCAAAAACACAAUGGCUUUUCAUUGUAAAAACUUCACACAAUGAUCAAUAGAUAAGUUAAGCAUAACUUACUUGGUAGAGAAAUUAUUUACUUACUGUUAGGCCUUACUUACUUACUUUUGUAAGUCUUACUACUGUAGGUUCGAACUCCAACUUGUUAGAAUGAGAGAUGAAUGAUGUCCUAAAAUUUACCGUAAUAGUUAUUCUUUGGCAUAUUUUUCUUUAAAACAUGCAAAAUUCGAUACUUUGUCUAGCUACUACUCUAGCAAUAGGUGGAAAUCUAAUAACAUGGUGCAUGGACAUCGGACAGUCAAUCACUGAGGGCCUGAUAGAAUGAACAUUGAAAAUCUAAAUUUCGUUAUCUGCCUCUCUCUUGCAUAUUUAAACAUAUAGAGACAUAUAAUAAUAUUUAUAUUUUCGAUGUGGGCGGUAAACCUUCUGGUCCCUACUUUAGUAAAACUUACAAGUGUAAGUCUGACCUUAGGAUAACAAUUAUAUGUAUAUCUUUAAGUAAUGAAGUUUUAAGAAAUGCUACAAAUUGAGGGGAAGAUGACUAUUUAUAAGUAUGAUUACUUACUUUUUAUUUGUACACUAGAGUAUAUUCAAUUUUCGGAUGAAUUUAAAUAACAUUGAAGUGGGUGUCAUUUUAUAUUUUAGUUAUUUUAAUCAUAAAUAAAAUUUGUUAAUAGAUAAAUACAUUGUAAUAAUAAAGUUUUUGAUUUUAUUGAAUUGAAAA